UCACUGCUCACAAAUGUUUGGAAUCUUUAAUAACUUAGCAUUCAAUGAAUUGUGGUUGUUUUAAUUCUUCAUGACUGCCUGACAGUAAAUUAAACAUGUUCUAAUUCUUAAAUCUAUCUGCUAAUCUACUGCUGUCAGAGGCAGCACUGUCAUCCUCUCUACUUUGAAAAUGUUCCUGUCUCUUUAAAUAUUCUUGCAGUAAAUCCUUGAACAUGCAUAUGGCCAUAAAAAAGAGAUAAAGCUUGAAGUCAUCUACACAAACAUGGGCAGAAUAAAAACUUGCCCGGGUUUUUGAAUUAUACAGCAGCAGCUUCCUGGAUUUUACACCUGCAGAGAGGGAGGGACGCUCAGCUGAGUCCAGAAGGCAGCGCCAAGCUGGAAGAGACACAACAAGUAUCCUGCAUCCCUGCUUCUCCGCUUCUUUUUUUUCUUUUUCAGUUUUUUCCCCUCCAUUGGAUUUAUAUCCACUGUUUGGACUGACAGAGAAUGCUGCUGCACAUGUUUUAUGUGCUGUUGGCUUCGUCUGUCACUUUUCUGCCAGGCAGCUCUGUGCUCUGUAAGGAGAUGAAGCUCCCCAGCAGAGCAGCCAAGCCUCCCUCUCCAUCUGACUUUCUGGACAAACUGAUGGGACGCACAUCUGGCUACGAUGCUCGCAUCAGACCAAACUUCAAAGGUCCUCCUGUUAACGUCACCUGUAACAUCUUCAUCAACAGCUUCGGCUCCAUCACUGAAACAACCAUGGACUACCGGCUCAAUGUGUUUCUGCGACAGCAGUGGAACGACCCUCGUCUGGCAUAUAAGGAAUACCCUGAUGACUCUUUGGACCUGGACCCCUCCAUGUUGGACUCCAUUUGGAAACCAGACCUGUUCUUUGCAAAUGAGAAGGGAGCCAACUUUCACGAGGUCACGACGGAUAACAAACUGCUCCGCAUAUUUCAGAACGGAAACGUCCUCUACAGCAUCAGGUUGACACUCACCCUCUCCUGUCCCAUGGAUCUGAAAAACUUCCCCAUGGACAGCCAGACGUGUACGAUGCAGCUUGAGAGCUUUGGCUACACCAUGAAUGAUCUUAUUUUCGAGUGGCUGAAUGUGGGAGCGGUGCAGGUAGCCGAUGAUCUCACACUCCCUCAGUUUGUGCUGAAAGAGGAGCAAGGCCUCGGAUACUGCACCAAACACUACAACACAGGUAAAUUCACCUGCAUCGAAGUCAACUUCUACCUGGAGCGUCAGAUGGGCUACUACUUGAUCCAGAUGUACAUACCCAGCCUGCUCACCGUCAUCCUGUCCUGGGUCUCCUUCUGGAUCAACAUGGAUGCGGCUCCAGCUAGGGUGGGACUAGGAAUCACCACGGUGCUCACCAUGACGACGCAGAGCUCUGGCUCCAGGGCCUCACUGCCAAAGGUGUCCUAUGUGAAAGCCAUCGACAUCUGGAUGGCCGUGUGUCUCCUGUUCGUGUUUGCUGCCCUGCUGGAGUAUGCAGCCGUUAAUUUUGUUUCCCGCCAGCACAAGGAGUUCUUUCGACUGAGGAGGAAGCUGAAGGAGCAACAGCGGCAGAGAACUCAGGCGAGUGGUGACAGCAAGGCGAAAGGAAACAACAUGUCAGGCAGCAUUGCUCCUCAUGGGAACCAGCGGUGCAGCGUCUGUGCCAGGGAGGAAGAGCUGGCACAGCAGGGUUUACUCUUUCAGAGUUUUGGACUUGCAAGUGCACCGGAAAUGGAUGCAACUCCAAUUUUUGCAGAUCUCCCUCCAGGUUUAGGUUUCUAUGACAUACGCAGGCGCUUUGUCGAUCGAGCAAAAAGGAUUGAUACCAUCUCUAGAGCCGUUUUCCCUAUGAGCUUCCUCAUGUUCAAUGUCCUCUACUGGCUCACCUACAAAGUUCUACGACAUGAGGACCUUCAUGCCACAAUGUGACAACGCGAAGGCGGAGCAUAAAGACACUGGAAACCUUUAAUUCUACUCUCUUUACUGAAACAUUUACAGGCCGAGGGUCCUCAGUCGAGACAUAACAGAGAAGUUGUGGCUGCAUGUCCAGUGGCAUCCAUCAGUUUCAUUCAAUUUUCAUACUUCCAAAGACAUGCACUUCUUUUCUGCACUGAUGACAUGAUGACACUGAUGACAUCACACCUCUGUCUAUGUGUGUACAAUAGGCAUCUUUAAUAUCUCAAAUCACAUGUUUUCUGUAAACAUUUCUGUUUGUGCAGUUACUGUAGCUUCACAUGCAUUUGGACUGCAGCACAUUCUUACCAGGCCUGAGUUUUUGGUUGUGCAUUAUCUUAAUGUGAGCCCUGUUCAACAGUGCCAUGAGCAUUUAACACUAGAAGAAGAAGAUGCAGUUUAAACUGUAAAAACUCUGCUUUGUUUAAUAGCACAGAUACAGUGUGCUUCAUUGAUCUGGGAGAUACAUGACAUUAAAAGAUUAAGUUUCUUUACAGGCUUAAAAUUAAUUAUUUAAUUAUUUUCUUAGUGACAUGAAUAUUGAACAUAUGCAUCAGUUAAAUAAUAUUUUGAGCCCUCUGUAAGCAGCCCUUUCAGUCAAAAUUAAAUAAGUAGAAACUGUCCAGAAAGUCACUUUGUAUUGAUAUUAAGGCAUGAAACGCACUAUUUCUUGCAUCCACCUGGCCAGUCAUUGGUUCAAGCCUGCUGUUUCAGUUCUGCCAAGAGAUUUCUAUUCACCUUCUACAUCCCUUUCCAGAAGAAUAACAUGUGUUUAUGUCAAAUAAAGUAUUAUUCGGGUUUAACUUGUUAAAAAGCUCUAAGUAGUGGUCUAUUAUGCCAAUCAGUUUACAUCCACAUUCAAAUUAAUCUAAUGUAUUAAAAAGCAUAUAUCAUCAAAAACGUUCCAUGCAGUUUGCCUGACUCCUGAAUGGCUGUUGUAUGACCCCAGGUUACACACUCAGACUAAAUAGUUUGUUUAUUUUUUAUUUUUUUGCUGGAAAGAAAUGUAUCUAUGAAAUAUUUUGUUGGUGAAA